ACUCGUUGGCCGCUUUUACUCUCCUCGAUAGUUAGUCUUUCAGGCAAUGAAACAAUGAAUGAAUCAUCUCUGAAAGAUGAUCCGAACACACGCACAACGUAGGUUCUUCCAUUCCCUCACAAGAACUUCUUCUGAGGCGCCAUUUCUAUCCUUGACAAAUCCAAGGAAUUACCCUCUCGAGUCCCUGGCCCUCCUCUCUUCUUGCAAAGACUUGAACUCUCUCCUGCAAAUCCAUGCCCAUUUCAUUAUCUCAGGUUUCAAUCCUAACAACUCGACAUAUACCCAUCUCAUUAAUUUGUACUCGUCCUUCAAAAAACCCGAUUAUGCUCGCUCUGUAUUCAAUUCUACACCGAACCCAGCUGUGAUUUUAUGGAACUCAAUGAUCAGAGCUUAUAUAAGGUCAAACCAGCAAGAAGAAGCUCUUAAAAUAUACGGUUACAUGUUGGAAAAACAGUUACAACCAGACAAGUACACAUUCACUUUUCUACUCAAAGCUUGUGCUGAAUUAUUGGAUUUAGAAGAGGGUGUUUCCAUUCAUCGAGAAAUAGUUGAUAAGGGUCUGGAAUGUGAUGUGUUCAUUGGGACUGGGCUUGUGGAUAUGUACUGUAAAACGGGUGAUUUAGAAAGUGCAAGAAGAGUGUUUGAUAAAAUGUCAAACAAGGAUAUAGUGGCCUAUAAUGCAAUGCUUUCAGGUUUGUCCCAAAGCUCGAAUCCUAAAGAGGCAGUGGGGUUCUUUAGGCAAAUGCAAGUGGGUGGUGGUGGUAUGGAGCCUAAUUCAGUGAGCUUACUGAAUUUGUUGCCUGCAAUAUCAAAAUUAAUGGAUAUCAAAUCUUGCAAGUCUAUCCAUGGAUAUGUGGUUAGAAGGGUUUUCCCAACUGCUGUUUUGAAUGGGUUAAUUGAUUUGUACUCUAAAUGUGGAUACGCAGAUAUUGCUAGGGUGAUUUUUCGUCAGAUGUGGGGCCGAGAUGAAGUUUCUUGGGGUACGAUGAUGGCAGGGUAUGCACAUAAUGGAAGUUUUUGCGAGGUUUUAGAGUUAUUUGAUCAGAUGAGACUGGAGAAUUUGAAAAUGAAUAAGGUAUCAGCUGUGAGUGCUUUGUUGGCAGCUGCUGAAAUGAGGAACUUAGAAAAGGGGAUGGAGAUUCAUGAUUGUGUUAUGCAACAACGGCUUGAUUCAGAUAUUGUGGUGGCUACUCCUAUAAUGACAAUGUACGCCAAGUGUGGAGAGUUUGAGAUGGCUAAAGAGUUGUUAAGGAGACUUGAGGGGAGAGAUUUAAUUGCUUGGUCUGCGAUUAUAGCUGCUUUUGCACAAUCUGGGUGUGCUGAAGAAGCACUCUCUCUAUUUCGAGAAAUGCAUAAUGAGAAUUGGAAGCCAAAUAGGGUAACUCUAGUUAGUGUUCUUCCAGCCUGUGCAGAAUUAUUGUCUUUGAAACUAGGGAAGAGCUUACACUGCUAUGCUAUCAGGGUUGGUAUUGAUUCUGAUAGUUUAACAGGAACAGCACUAGUUUCCAUGUAUGCUAAAAGUGACCACUUAACUUCGGCCGUGAUUAUAUUCAAUAGGCUGCCACAUAAAGAGGUGGUGACAUGGAAUGCUUUGAUAAAUGGGUAUGCUCAGAUAGGCGACCCCUACCAUGCAAUGGAAAUGUAUCACCAAUUACAGUUAUCUGAGAUACUCCCGGACGCAGGAACAAUGGUGGGUGUUGUUCCAGCCUGCACCCUCUUAGGUGACUUGGACCGAGGGGCUUGUAUUCAUGGGCAAACUAUUAAGGGCGGGUUUGAGUCAGACUGUCAUGUGAAUAAUGCACUCAUUGACAUGUACGCAAAAUGUGGAAGCCUUUGGUCAGCAGAAUUUUUGUUCAGAAAAGCUGAAUUCCUUAAAGAUGAGAUAUCCUGGAACACAAUGAUUGCAAGGUACAUGCAGCAUGGACUUGCCAAGGAAGCCAUUUCUUCUUUCUGCCAGAUGAAAUUGGAGUCGCUGCAGCCUAACUUAGUCACAUUUGUAAGCGUCCUUCCUGCAGUAGCAUAUGUGGCAGCCUUGAAAGAAGGCAUGGCUAUUCAUGUCUGCAUAAUCCAAAUGGGAUUUCAGUCUCAUACACUUGUUGGAAAUAGUCUCAUUGACAUGUAUGCCAAAUGUGGGCGCCUUGAUUACUCGAAACAAAUUUUUAAUGAGAUGGAAAAUAAGGACACGGUUUCAUGGAAUGCUAUGCUUGCUGGGUACGCAGUGCAUGGGCAUGGAGAUCAAGCUCUUUCAUUUUUCUCACUUAUGCAAGAGAGUUAUGUUGAGGUUGAUCCUGUGUCCUUUGUCAGUGUUUUGUCUGCUUGCAGACAUGCGGGUUUGAUUGAGGAAGGGAGGAAAAUAUUUUACUCUAUGCGUGAAAAACACCACCUUGAACCAGAUGUUGAACAUUAUGCUUGCAUGGUGGAUCUGUUAGGUCGUGCAGGGUUGUUUGAUGAAACUUGGGGUUUAAUUGAGACAAUGCCAAUGGAACCUGAUGCAGGAAUUUGGGGAGCCCUAUUGGGUGCAUGUGGAAUGCAUUCUAAUGUGAAGUUAGGAGAGGUGGCAUUAAAUCAUCUUGCUAAACUCGAGCCUGGGAAUCCAGCUCAUUAUGUGGUCUUAUCGGGCAUCUAUUCUCAAUCUGGUAGGUGGGGCGAUGCACGACACACGAGAUUAAAGAUGAAUGACAGUGGAUUAAUGAAAGCUCCUGGAUGUAGCUGGGUUGAGGUCAAAAACAGGGUCCAGGCGUUUCAAGUAGGUGACAAGACACAAUUAGAGCACAGGGAUUUGUUGGGGAAUUCUUUACUUGAUAAAACGGAGAAAAUGGGUUAUGUUCAAGAUCAGAGCUGUGUUACAUAG